ACUUACUGCAUUUAUUUAACGAAGUCAGCUUCACUCGUUUGCGGUAAUCUGACCUGGCAAUGUCGACAGUGCAAGCAAACUUCGGACGCGCGACGGCCACUGGUGGCGCUGGCCGGUGUGUGUCUCGCACAGUUGUGUUAUGCCGGGCGCAAGAUACAACCGGGCACGCCUCGGAGGCUGGUGUGGCUCGCCGUAACCUGCUGCUUGCGGGCCUGGCCGUGCUGGCUCCCGCACUUGCGCCCGCGGCCGCGAACGCGGGCGGUGUUGUGGAGUUCUGGAAGGGGCGGCAGCGCGCUAACAGCGCCAAAUUCAUUGCGCCUAUCAAGGUGGCGCAGCAGCGCCUAGAGACGGCGGCCUCCAUGCUGGCCAACGGCAGCAGCGCGUCUGACGUGCUGCAGCUGGUGCGGUCCUCGUCGCUCAACUGCUACGCCUUUGAGGCGCUGCCGACCGACACGCUGGAGACCCGCGCCUCGCUGUUCACGGCAUCCUCCAAGCUGAGCGACCCCUGCACCUUCCGCAUCAUCAUCAAGAACGUCACAGACUUCACGGAUCCUGAGGAGAAGGCCGCGGGCAGCGCGCUGUUGGACUCCCUCAUCCGCUCCUACCAGCUUCUGGACUCGGAGCUGGAGGCGGCGGUGGAGGGCAGCGGCGCCGGCAGCGGCCGGGCUGGGCAGCAGCUGGCCACCACACUGGCCAUCACGCAGGAUGUGGAGUCCUUUGUGAAGCGACUGCUGUCGGCCUAGAAGCCGGCUGGGGGCGUGGAUGGCGGCGAGUGGGCUGAUCCCGGGUGGUGGCCGAUUAUUGGUGGAAGUGGAGUAGGGUCCUGCAGAGGCCCAGGCGACGAAGCAUAGCGAAGCAAGCGGUCAUGUGCCAACCUGUGUUGGGCGCAACGUGCCGGGCACAGGGCACACGCUGCUGGAGGUCAAAAUGUGCGUUAGUGAAUUGCGGCAAACCAGUGUCGGGGGCAUCGGCAGACAGGGGACAGAACGGAUGGGAGUUUAGUGGCAAUGAGGGGAGGGCAACCAUGUGGAGGCGUGCGCGUUUCACGUUUUCGUGACAGCGGGUCAUGAACUGGCGGUGCUGAGGCAGGGCACAAUGUGGACCGUCUCAAGCAUCAGGCGCGCGUGAGGGGUGAUUACGGCAUCGGGCUAGGGCGCACGUGCAGUUGGAGGUCUCCGGAUGUCGUACGACGUGGCGUACCGUCGCACCGAUGGCAUAGGGGGCAAAACUUCAUUACACGUGUGGCUUCUGGUGGCCCCGCCGAUGAUGCACGAUGAGCCUUGUGACAACAAAACCGCUUCCGUAACAAU